AUGGCUCCCAAGGGUGAAGGGAUAGUUGAGUGGACUGACGAGCUCGAGUGUGCUUUCAUCGACAUCAUGGUUGAUAAGUUCCAAAGGACGCACACAUCUGCUUGGAAAUGGAAGGACUGGGAACGGAUAAAUACAGAACUGGAACAUAAAUUUCCUGGUGUGACUCUUGGCGCGGACAAGUUGAAGACAAAAUCACGGCGGCUGAAGACUCAGUACAGUCAGUUCACAGAGCUCAUUCAGCACACUGGAGUAGGUUGGGAUGAGCAGACCAAUACUGUCAAGGCGAGUCCUGAUAUUUGGGACAAGUUCAUCAAGAGGCACAACAACUUCAAGAAUUUCCAGUCAAAAGGCUGCAAGCAUUAUGAAGCCCUGCAUCUAUUGUACAGAUCUGCUACAGCAACAAGUGGUCUACGAAUUUCUUCCACUGAGCCACCUAAGAGCCCUCGAUCUUAUGCACGGAUGGAAGAGCAGUUUCUAGCAGGACGCAACAGCCGUGGGAAAGAACCUAUUGAUCUUCAAGAGGGAUCCGGCGACAGUGAUGAUGCGGCUCGUGAGCUUGAUGACCCUGUCGUUACAGGGUCCAAGCGACGCGUCAGGAAGAGAGGUUCGAACACGAACUCGCAGAUGCAGGAGCUGAUCGACUUGUACCGGGAAAGUAUGACCAAAAAGGACAAAGCCAAAUUAUCUACUUCUCCGGAGUCAAAGAAGAGCAAGUCCGUGACCAACCCCGAGAAACCAGAGAAGCACAGCAUCGAGGAAGCCGUUGAUGUGUUCAACGAAAUGUGGGGAACAAUUUCAAUGAAUGAGUAUUUUGCUGGUCUCAGUCGUAUUACUGAGGAUGAGCGUUGGCGUCGUGCGUUUGUGCGCAUGUUCGAUGAAGCUCGGCGUGAAUGGUUACGACGCCUUGUUGCAAGUUGA